AUGGAUCUCUCGUCACUUUCUUAUCUCUCCGAUUUACCGCGAGCAGAUUCGGAUCCGACGAGUUCCGAUCCGAUAAAUCUCAUAAUCGGAGCCGAUCUCUAUAGCGACAUCAUUCGCGACGACAUUCGAAGAGGAAGCGUCGGGCAACCCUUCGCUCAGAACUUCAUUUUCGGAUGGAUAAUAUCGGGACCUCUCACGCUCGAGAGUAACGAUCCCUCUCAGUCGACAAUGACUUCCGUUCAUUGCAAUCACGGUAGCAUUUCCGCUCAUCACACUAUUAGCUCUCCCUUUCUCGAAGAAGAACUUCGUCGCUUUUGGGAAAUUGAAGAACUCCCACGACAAUCAAUUCUUACGCCGCAAGAACAACAGUGUGAAGAGCAUUUCUGCUCGACGCACUAUCGCGACUCCGACGGCCGGUACAUCGUUCGCCUGCCGUUCAAAACGAGUCCUCCGAUUGAUAUCGGUAAUUCAAGAUCUUGCGCCGAAAAAAUGGUAAAUUCGCUAGUACGGAGAUUUCGCGAUAAACCCGAGUUAGCGACAGAAUAUUCCGAUUUUAUCUCCGAAUAUCAACGUCUUGGGCAUAUGCUGCCAUCACCGAUGCCUCAAGAUGAUAUCGAACAAACGUUCUAUCUCCCGCAUCACGGGGUGAUCCGGGAAAGCAGCUCAACAACACGUCUUCGCGUCGUCUUCAACGCUUCGAGCGUUACUUCGAACGGUACUUCACUCAACAACCAUUUACACGCCGGUCCAAAAUUACAAACCGAUCUCAUGUCGGUAAUAUUACAAUGGCGCCGACAUAAAUACGUGUAUUCAUCCGACAUCGCGAAAAUGUAUCGCCAAAUUUUAGUCGAUCCUCGCGAUUAA